ACAAGCACAAACCCACCAAAUACCUUAGUUUGGAUAGCCAAAUGAAAUGGGCAUCGUCCGAAAACUGUGUUCUACUUUGAACAACCUCAAAGUUUUCAGAUUGAGCAACAGGAACAGUUACGGUUAUAAUAAUUUCAUUACCUGUAAUAUAUCCGUUGACCCCUUAAACCCAUCGUCUUCCAAUUCCUUCCUCACUCAUGGAAUCCAUGUCUUUCAAUGCCCGGAUACGGUUGGAAUUGUAGCCAAGCUAUCUGAUUGCAUUGCCACCAGGGGUGGCAACAUUCUCUCUGCUGAUGUUUUUGUUCCUCAAAAUAAACAAGUCUUCUACUCUAGAAAUGUUUUUGUUUUUGAUCCUGCUACGUGGCCACGAAUGCAAAUGGAGGAGGAUUUCCUGAGGAUCUCUAAAACAUUCAAUGCCAUGAGAUCUGUUAUAAGGGUGCCAGCUUUGGAUCCUAAAUAUAAGGUUGCAAUUCUCGCAUCAAAGCAGGACCACUGUUUGAUUGAUUUGCUGCAUGGAUGGCAGGAUGGAAGACUCUCAGUGGAUAUUACUUGUGUGAUUAGGUGGAGUUUCAGAAUCAUUAACCAUUACAGAGCUCCAGAAAGUGAGGUGAUUCGUUUUCUUGAAAUGCACGGUGUUCCAUAUCAUUAUUUAGGAGCAACAGCAGAGAAUAAAAGGGAAGAUGAGAUCUUGGAGCUGGUUCAGAACACUGAUUUUUUAGUACUUGCGAGGUAUAUUCGGAUACUAUCAAACACCUUUUUAAGGAGUUAUGGGAAGGAUAUAAUUAACAUCCACCAUGGUUUGCUGCCAUCAUUUAAGGGUAUCAAUCCAUCUAAACAGGCCGUUGAUGCAGGUGUGAAAUUAAUCGGUGCAACAAGUUACCUUGUGACUGAAGGACUUGAUACUGGACCUAUUAUUGAACAGAUGGUUGAAAGAGUUUCCCAUAGAGAUGAUUUGCAGAGCUUUGUGCAGAAAUCAGAGAACCUUGAGAAACAGUGUCUGACAAGUGCUAUCAGGUCUUAUUGUGAGCUUCGAAUAAUGCCAUACGAAGAAAACAAAACUGUCGUAUUUUGACGGCAAACCAAUUAUACUAUGUAAUCCCAAUAAAUCCAUACAAAGCCAAAUUCAUAACCA